GGAUAAAAGUUCCAGCAUAAGCAUUACAUGAUCUCUCUCUCUCUACCUAUAUAUAUUUAGCCAUAAAUGACUCAUUCUACCUAUCACUAUCCGUCUUCAAAGGAUAUCACUAAAUCUCAUUUUCUAUCUGCAAUAAUUGCUUUAUUAAUAUUGGUUCAUUUCUUUGAGAAAUUAUAUACACUUCUUAGAGAAGUUAAAAGAAAUAAGAAAGUUGAGAUAUUUAAAGAGAAUUUGGACCCUGCUAUAGAGGCAAAAAUGCUGGGAAUUUUCAAGCAAAAGUUGGUUAAUCCACCUCAAGAACUUAAUAGUCCUGCUUCUUUGGAAUCAUCCAAAAACUCUAAAGUUCCUGAUGAAAUUCUUCAUGAUUUCAUAUCAUGCAAUCCAUCCAAUGCUUUCUCCAUUAACUUUGGAAAUGAUGGUAUUCUUGCUUAUUCCCCUUCAAACAAUACCUCCAAACAUCAGGGGUUGUUUUGUGGUUUGGAUAACAUAUAUUGUGCAUUCAUGGGUAGCCUGGACAACCUAAGCAUGCUGAUAAAGCAAUAUGGGCUAUCAAAGGGAACCAAUGAGGCCAAUUUCAUCAUUGAAGCUUAUAGGACACUUCGUGACAGGGGUCCAUAUCCUGUUGAUCAGGUCCUCAAAGAACUUGAUGGUAGUUUUGGAUUUGUGAUCUAUGAUAACAAGGAUGGAACAGUUUUUUUUGCAUCAGAUUGUAAUGGAAAAAUUGGGCUUUUCUGGGGUAUUGCAGCUGAUGGUUCUGUUGUUAUUUCUGAGAAGUUGGAGCUUAUUAAAGCAAGUUGUGCUAAGUCAUUUGCACCAUUCCCUACAGGGUGCCUGUUUCAUAGUGAGCAUGGUCUAAUGAGUUAUGAACAUCCAAUGAAGAAGUUGAAGCCAAUACCAAGGAUUGAUAGUGAGGGAGUUAUGUGUGGGGCCGACUUCUUUGUUGACUCCCAAUCUAGGAAGUCAAUGAUGCCACGUGUUGGAAGUGAAGCUAAUUGGGUCAAUUGGGGUUCAUGAUCCAAUCGGUGACAUAAUUUAAAGGGGGCAAUCCUUUGUUAUUAGUUCUUUUGGGAUUUUUUUUUUCCUCUUCCCUUUUUCUGUUAGCUUCUUUGAUUACCUUGUUGUAUAUGUUACUGAUUGGCAGUUGAAUAGGACCUUGGUCAUUUGCUACAUUAAUAACAAGAAGUUUAAGUUUUAUAAUUUUGUUUUGGUAUUAUGUUGUUCUAAAUUUUACCCUCCCUAUUU